AUGGCCUCAAACGUCAUCUCACUAACCUGCGUCCUCGCCUCUGGCGCCAUUGUGAAAACACACAACAGACCCCGGAAAACAUCUGCAGGCUACGACCUCACGCAUCUCGUUAUCGGAUCCGAAGGUACACUUGCGCUCGUCACGGAAGCGGUGCUGCGUCUUGCGCCGAUACCGCGGAACCUGCAUGUUGGGCUAGCUACGUUUGAGACGUUCCAAGAGGGCGUGGAUGUUGUUGUGAGCCUGCAGAAACUGGGUCAUCGGCUUGAGGCGUUGGAGUUGGCGGAUGGGCCGCAGAUGAGGUGUGUUAAUGUGUCGGGUCUUGCGCCUGCACGCAUGUUUGAGGAAGUGCCGACGCUGUUUUUUAAGAUUGCGGGGCCGUCGGUGUAUAGUGUGCAAGACCAGAUCGCUGUUAUGCAAGAGCUGUGUAAAACACACGGCGCAUCGCAUGUUGAGAUCACGAAUGAGGAGGAAGCGGUGGGUGUGAUCUGGGGAGCGAGGAAAUGUAUGGGCACGGCUCUUCUUGCUAUGAAGAAGAAGGAUACGGAUCUUUUCUUACACAGCGACUGCGCAGUUCCUAUUUCGAAUCUCUCCCGCCUUGUCGCCGGAACUCAGGAUCUCAUCUCCCAAGCGUCGGCUGCGAAUCAAGCGGAUUGGUUCUGUGCCAACGUCGGACAUAUCGGGGAUGGUAACCGAUGA